AAUGGCUACGCAGGUCGCUGCAGUGCGCGCCGUGUCCCGGGGCGCGGAAGAGACGCCCCCGCUCCCUCUUGGGGACCGGCCUGGCCGGCCGAGGGGAGGGGGGAGGAAGCGGAAAGGGCCUCCCGGGGAGCCCGGGGGGUGCAAAAGGGCCAAGCUGAGCCAGCAGCCGCUCGUGGUGGGGCCCGGUCAGGCGGAGCCACUGCCUCCGGUCACCGUUCCCGGCCUCUCGGCUGUUCCCGCGGUCCCUUCCGCCGCGGCCGGCCUCUUCACCUUCUCCCCCCUCAGCCUUCCUCCGCAGGCCCCUCACUGCGAGCGCCGGCAUCACCACAGGCACCGGCACCGCCCGGACAGUGGCGGCUCCGAGCCCGGCCGCUCCUCCGGCGACAAGCCGCACAAAGGCCGGCGGGGAAGCUCCGGUGACGGCGCUGCCGGGCGGCCCAGCAAGCGAGACAGCAGAGAUGAGAAUGGCAAGACCCAGAGAGCUGAUGGUCUUAUUAUGAAGAAAAUAAAGAAAAAGAAGAAAAAGAAACACAGAGAGGAUAUGAGGGGGAGACAUCUGAAAAUGUACAAUAAAGAAGUGCAGACUGUGUGUGCUGGUCUUACCCGUAUCAACAAAGAGAUUUUGACUCCAGGGGAGAGUGAUAACUUGGAAGAGAACAAGGAAUCUUUUAGGUAUCUAAAAGAUGAACAGCUGUGUCAGUUGAAUUUGGGCAUGGAAGAAUACAGGAUACCCCAGGGAGUGCAGUCUCCAUUUACUACCCACCAGGAGCAUUCUGUUCGCAGCAACUUCUUAAAAACAGGCACUAAAUUUAGUAACUUUAUUCAUGAAGAACAUCAGUCAAAUGGUGGAGCUCUGGUCCUUCAUGCCUACAUGGAUGAACUCUCAUUUUUGUCUCCAGUGGAGAUGGAGAGAUUUUCAGAAGAGUUUCUUGCUUUGACAUUCAGUGAAAAUGAGAAAAAUGCAGCCUACUAUGCUCUAGCCAUAGUCCAUGGGGCAGCUGCCUACUUGCCAGACUUCUUGGAUUACUUUGCUUACAACUUUCCGAACACUCCAGUGAAAAUGGAAAUCCUUGGCAAGAAGGAUAUUGAAACAACAACAAUUUCCAACUUUCACACUCAGGUCAGUCGAACAUAUUGCUGUGGUACCUACAGAGCGGGUCCAAUGAGGCAGAUCAGCCUUGUUGGAGCUGUGGAUGAAGAAGUUGGAGACUAUUUCCCAGAAUUCCUUGAUAUGUUAGAAGAAUCUCCAUUUCUCAGAAUGACUCUACCCUGGGGUACUCUUUCUAGUCUCAGACUACAGUGCCGGUCACAAAGUGAUGAUGGCCCCAUAAUGUGGGUACGGCCAGGAGAACAGAUGAUUCCAACAGCUGAUAUGCCAAAGUCCCCAUUCAAACGACGCAGAUCAAUGAACGAAAUAAAAAAUCUCCAGUAUCUACCUCGAACCAGUGAACCCCGUGAAGUUCUUUUUGAAGACAGAACAAGAGCACAUGCUGAUCAUGUUGGGCAAGGGUUUGACUGGCAGAGUACAGCUGCUGUUGGAGUGCUGAAAGCUGUACAGUUUGGUGAAUGGAGUGACCAGCCACGUAUAACCAAAGAUGUAGUUUGUUUUCAUGCAGAGGAUUUCACUGAUGUGGUUCAGAGACUUCAGUUGGAUUUGCAUGAACCUCCAGUGUCACAGUGUGUUCAGUGGGUUGACGAAGCCAAGCUAAACCAAAUGAGACGAGAAGGCAUUCGCUAUGCUAGAAUCCAGCUAUGCGAUAAUGAUAUCUACUUCAUCCCUAGAAAUGUCAUUCAUCAGUUCAAGACGGUGUCUGCUGUGUGUAGCUUAGCCUGGCAUAUAAGACUUAAACAGUAUCAUCCUUCAGGAGAGAAUUCUCAAAGUACAGAAAGCAUUUCAAAUAUGGACAGUAGCACUGGUGACAAGAUGGAAUCAGAUAUUGAAGACCAAUGUGUGCUUGUGAAAGAAGAGUCUGGAGAAGUAGGAACAGAAGUACAGAUCACGACGGUGACACCACCGUCCUUGUUUUCGUCUCUGUCAUGACUUGUCCUACAAGAUCAGCUGAGUCCCUUCCAGUUUUUAAACUACAAUCAGAUCAGCAACACAAUUCACAGGAUGAUCAUAAAGGCUUUCUUGUGUGAUAUGUACAUAAUCAUACACAUUUUUAAACAGCUUUUUAAAAUUUUGAUGUGAAGUUAUAGUUUUAUAACUGGGUUAUGUUUUAUUGGAGAUAACUUGCCUAUAAUUCUAUAAAGAGAGGUGACAUUCCAAAAUGUCAAGCAUAUCUUUUUUACACAGAUUAUGCAAAGUUAGAAUUGUAUUUUACUCCCUUAGUACAGCAUGUAGUGGACUACUUUCCCCCCCCCCCCAAGGAAUGAGGUAAUAAUUCAGCAUCUUUAUUUUUUCUUCAGGAACUUCAAGUAUUUAGUAAAUCUGAUACCCUUACAUCUGUUUUAUCUUUGGCUUUCAGCAUAAAAGGGAUGGUUUCUGUGGAGGAUUCACAAAGUGACUCUCCCAUCUGAUUAAUGGCUUCAAUGAAAGAGAAAGCAAAGCACUUUUUAAUGAUCAAUGGCAUUUGUGUGAAUGUGUAUGAGACAGAAUGACUUUUGAAAACCCGGAGGAAGCUCAAGUUACCAGCAAUGUAGUUUAAUUGCUUAUCAACACAUUAACAAAGAAGCGGAUGUAUUAGUUGCACAGUGUGUGUGAUCUUCUUAAACAGUAAUAACUGACACUUCCCAUACCCCUGCUUUUAAUGUUUGUGGGAACAGUGUGUUUUAAAAACUUCCCUGACAGCAUAAUGUAACAGUAGUGUCUAAUGAAAGUAACUGUCGGCAGUUUCUCUGAGGAAACUGUUCUCUUUGAGCACUUUAAGGCUUUACAAUAUUCUAACCAAUUUGGUGGCUUCUAUAAUUCACAGCAAGCAUCUGAGAUGGAAACCAUCCUCUCCUUUGCAUUGAUGCACUUAAUCCAGUAGAGUAGGCUUAAUGAUAUAUAUUGGUUGCCUUUAUUCUCAAAUUCUAUAUAAUUGUUUCACAAUAAAUUAUCACACAUGGAUUGCUGUUUCCACAUGUGACUCUUGGGUACACAGUGCUACUGCUGUUUUUGAAAGAUUAAUGGCAGUAGGUCAAGUGUCAUCGGCUAACAUUGUUUUAACAGUCAUACAGUUUCCUUCAGCAUUAACUAUAGCCAGCUUUUCACUCACAGUGUACUGAAUUACAUUUUUUUCUGGUACUGGAAGAAACCUCUCACAUAUAGGAUGUGAACUUUAUGAAGGUGUAAUCAAAGUUGUUUCAGAACUAUUUGUUCUUGUCCUCAUUAGGGUAAGGGGAGAAACUUGGAGAACUAUACUAACCAGAAGCAAAGAAAACAGCUGUGUUUUUAAAAUGCAUCUUUGAUAUCAAUCUUUUUUGGAAAAACUUGCAUAUCAAUGUUUAUAUAAUAGCAAUUACUUUGUGCAAUAUUGUUUUGUGUAGAUUUAUAUGCCUAUUAGCACCUCGGUAUAGCAGGCACAAUUUUAAACCAAUAGUAAAAAUAAUCAGAAAAUAUUGCAGUGAUUAGAUACAACCUGUAUUACUCCUGAUAUAUACACAUAUGUAUAUGUAUGUAUUGUCUUGGUGCAAAACUGAAGACAAAUAGAAAAUAUUUACAUUUCAAAUGAACUUUCAUAUUGGAGUGGUGGUGAAUUGUGUAUAUAAGGUGUUAGGAUGAAAUCUUUUUACGUAAGAUUAAACUUUUUUAUGCAGGAGUGUAAUUUUAAAUCUUAAAUUCUAGAUUGACCAGUACUGGUUCAGGAAAUAAUCCCUGCAUACUCUGGCUUUUUCCACUUUUUUACUCUUGUCCAGAAGAAUUUUCAUAAACUUUUAUGGGCUGUGCAAAGUGUAAUUCUUCACAGGCAAUAUGAGUUUCAGUGCAUCACUUAUAUAUACGAUACCAUCUUUAUUUUGUCAUAUGUUUCUUCCAUUUAUUUUACUAGUCUUCCAAACAUCUCCUUCUCUUCGCCCAUUGUGACCAUGUCAUAAAACAUGUCUUGAGCCAUUUCUUGGACUUUUCAACAAGUGUAGUUAACUGUCAUCUGUAAGCCACCACUGUGUAUAACUGCUCAGGAAAUGGUACAAUCUGAAAAGAUAUUACAGGUAAAGGGAAAGUCAUUCAUUACUUGUCUCUCUGUUUCAAAACACAACUUGCACAAACUUAAGCAAAUCCAAAAAAAUUAAUGAAAUGGUAUGUACCCCUAUUUCUUGGUUAUUCAUAAGAAUAUGACAUGGAAUUAAUAGAGAAACAGUAGUUGCAAGUUCCUUCUGGAACUCUGCAUACAUAUGUAUAAAAUAGAGCAAGCUUGCCUGGUAAAAUGGUGGUAUAGCGUCCUAAAGCAGUAGGAAGCAGUCAUGGAGUUUUGAAAGUACCAAGGUAAAACUUGUACCAACCAAUUUGAUACUGUAUUGUAUUUAAGGCAGAAUACUCUUUGAAUAAUCAUAUUUCUGAUAUUUGAAGAGACUUAAAAAUCUCUCUCCUGUUCACUUAUAUUAAUUUCACAUUUUGUUUUUAUAGAAAAACACUUAAAAUGGUUCAUAAGAUCAAAUUACCAUUACUUCUAAAUUCCAGUGAGCUCCAUUCAUGCAUUUAAAGCACUUCUGUGUGCACACUGGAACUAUGCUGACUUCUCUUUCUGCCAGUAGCCCUUUAUAGUGUGUCAGAUUGUAUUUCAGAAUCCCUUGACAUUCAGCAUUAGUUUUUGCAUGGACACUAGUUGUAGUGGGAAAGGAGGUUAAAAAGCUCUGGUGCAUACUCAGAUCUUUGCUCACAAAUGACUUUUAAAAAAUACAAAUAGAGACAAAAGCUUAAGUCUAAUUAUAUCACUGAAUGAAAUGAUCCUUUUUGGUAAGGAAGAUGAACUGAAAAAAAUUAAAGUGAAUAAUGAUAAUAAGAGAACCACUGACUUUGGUGGGAAAAGAGUGACAAAUCAGUGGAUUCAAAUUUCCAAGGAUCAUUUGGAGAAGACAACAUCUUUAGAUUUUGAGACCUAAAGGUACUUUAAGUGUAAUCUCUCAGGAAAUACUGAAGUAACAAUUUGCAUUCAUGCGAAGAUUUUGAAAAUAUAUCUUGCCAAUGUCAUUGAUAUUUUAAUGGCUAGAUAUGUUGCUAGUAGAGUUGGCUUAAGCUAACAUGCAAUCUUACUUUAUAAAUCCUAGAGUAUAUAAACAUGAUAUAAUUACCAAUUCAAAGGAAGAAUGAUUGUUAUAAUAAAAUAAAUCUAGGUAUUUUAUUCUGUUGGAGAGUCUCUGUCAAAUUUCAAUACUUGUUGAAUAUUCCAGUUAUCAAUCCAGUAUAUCCUGUCAUGUCUCAACUCAGUUGCUAAAUACUAGAAGUUCCAGAAACCUAGCUCUUGUCUAAAAAGUCUGAUUGGCUCCACGUUGAAAAAUGAGGACCCUUUUAUAUUUCACUAAACAUCCUUUUGUUUCUUUUUAUCAAAGUCCAAAGAAAAGUGGUGUUUUGUGUUCACUGAAUGGCUGUAUGGGUCUGCUGAUCUAUUUAAUACAUUGGCAAAAGUAAAGUUAUGUAAGUGAACUGGGUAUUUCACAUUCUUCCCCUUAAAUGUUUUUGAACAUAAAAUCUAUUUUGUAGAUAACUGACAUGUUCUCUUCAAUGAAGAUGGAAUGUGUGGAGGAUUCAUGUGAUAUUAAAAGACACCUUUAUCAUAAAAAUUUUGUGCAUACAAUACAAGGACUCUGGUUCUGUUAGCAGUUUUCCUAAAUGUAAGGACAUAACUGUGUAGCAAAAGUUCUUCAUUUAUUGUUAGAACCCCAGGAUAAAUAUAAUUUAAAUUCUUCACUUUUUUCUCAUGCUGCCAUUCACAUGCUUGAAUUUAAACUGAGUGGUAAACUCUUUCACUUAGGGAACAAUCCGGCCAAUGUUAAGUGCCUUUAAGUCUCAUUGAUUUCUGUAGGAGAUAAUGAAGUGUUUUGUCUCAUUGAAAUCAAUGGGACUUAAAUAUCUUUAAUAUAGGUGGGAUUGCACCUUAUAUUCUUAUAAAUGCUGAGUAUUUAUAGCCAUAUUGGUGGCUUUUUUUUAAAGGUUGCUAUGAGUGGGGAUGGUUGUCCUUCAGCUCCUGAAAGCUUUGUACUGUAGGUUAAUUUAGGCUGGUUCAACAGACAACUUCCCAAUAACAUUAAGGCCUUCCAUUAAUACUCAUAAUAGUUGUAGAACCCAACAGCACAUGUAGUUAAGAAGGGGCUUUUCUUAAUAUAGCACUUUCAAUUCUGUCUAAGCAAAUACUGAUACUUUACAUGUUGUAUAAAAUAGAUUUGUGUAGUGUUUUGUGAUUAAAUUCAGUUUUGAUUGGCAGCUAAGAUAUUUUUCUGUGGUUUUAAUAUAUCUAAGUUCUUUGCAUAUAGAGGAUAUGUACAAUUGCCUGGAAGACUGUUUUUGCUUUGUGUGGCCUUAGUAUAUUUAUUGACAUUUAGCAAGUGUUUUAAAGAGGUUUUUAUAAUAGUGUGAACUGGGAAAAUUUUAAGUCUCUCUGUGAAUAAUCCUCUAACACAGUGCAUUUCUUUUAGUAGCUGACUGUACAAGCGUAUCAAACUGUUAAAGCUAUUUCUUUGUAAAAAAAAAAUACAUGGAAUGCAUAGAUUUUUUUCCCUGUAAAGUAUUUUUUUAAUAAACAGAAGUCUGAUUUGCCCUUA